AUGGAGGAGUUGGCUAGGGAGAGCAUCAGCUUGCUAGCCAGACCCCCCUUGGAGCUGGGAAGCCCACAUCUCUCUUCGGCCGCGGCCGUCUUCAUCAUGCUGAAAUCCGCCCUCGGAGCCGGACUCCUCAACUUCCCCUGGGCGUUCAAUAAGGCCGGAGGGAUCACACCGGCCAUUCUUGUGGAGUUGUCACUCCCCAAUCUUGGAGGUGGCAAAAUUGUAUGCGAUACUUUUUACCCAAAUGAAACUGUGAAUGGAGGUUUUCCCCACCAACAUUGGUUCAUCGACCAUCGUUUCACCUUGUCCGUCCUUUGCAUCCUGGUGAUCUUCCCUCUUUCCAUCCCUAAAGAAAUUGGGUUCCAGAAGUACACAAGUAUUCUGGGCACCUUGGCAGCGUGUUACCUGAUGCUUGUUAUUGUCGUGAAGUACUACCUCCGAACGGAUCACGUCGUCCUGCACGAACACCACCUCCCUCCUGGGGUCUAUUCUUGGACCUCCAUGUUCAGCGUUAUACCAACCAUCUGCUUUGGAUUUCAGUGCCAUGAAGCCUGCAUUGCCAUCUACAGCAGCAUGAGCAACAAGAAGCUCUCCCAUUGGGUAGUGGUAUCAGUGAUGUCCAUGCUCUUCUGCUUUCUUAUUUAUUCUUUGACAGGACUGUAUGGCUAUUUGACCUUCGGUGCCGAUGUGGCUGCCGACAUCCUCAUGUCGUACCCAGGAAAUGACGUAGUGGUCAUCAUCGCCCGGCUGUUGUUUGGCAUCUCCAUCAUCACCAUCUACCCCAUUGUCCUCCUCUUGGGAAGGUAA